AGGAGUUAAAUCACUUUGUUUCUGUUUAUGGAGCCCUAGCCACACCUCCCCUGGCUAUUAUUGUUCUAUACACCAAAACUGCUUCAUUAAGCUAAAGUUGUUCAGGUGACUAUAGUGUCCCUUUAAGAUCAUAUGAGAGCCACUCAAGACCUCUAGCUACACCGAUCUAACUACAAAUGCAGUUUUAAUUUUGAUUUGUCCCUAUAAUUAUUAUACGUAACUUAUUACUCUCUACGUUUUCAGCGCAAAGAAACUCUCCUUAAAGAAUAUCAGCAACGAGGGAAAUCCAGUUUAUUUACGGAUAGGCGAUUUGGGGAGUAUGACCGUAAACUCACUCCGGAAGAGAAGAUGUUGAAGAGAUUUGCUUUGGAAAGACAGGUAAUAUUGUUCAUCAUAGAAGCUGUUCUGGUAUAUCAGAUGUCUGUCUUUACACUCGUUAUUUAAUACAGUUCCUGACAGGGCUUUAUUGGGGAUGGUGGUUGCCAUUCAGAACUAACUCGUUAUGCAUAAAGUGGACUAGCACUCGCUAAACAUUUCUGUCCUUGGUUAAUCCUGACCACGGUGGACCAUUCCCAAUGUAUCAAUAAUCAUGAAGAAAGUUGGACCAUAUAGAUGGUGUUAAGGCAGAUCUUAUUGGAGAAUGAUACAGCAUUUUGGCUGUUUUAUGGUUUUCCAAUAAAAUGUGCCUUAAUGCCAUUAUGUGCCUGGUCCAACUUUCUUAAUGAUUAUUAUGUCAGAACUAGACCAAACAUCCAUUAUUUAUAUCACCAUGGGGAGAAUAAGAAAUGGCGUGUAUCCACUUGCUGCUGAGUGUUUUGUUGCGUAUGUUUAACAACAAUAUGAACUUCAUAUUCAAACUAAAAUCAAACUUAAACUUUGUUACUGUACUCCUUUUAAAUGGCACCUGCAAUAUUAUUAAUUACAAAUGGAUAAAGGUUGUUACUAUGUUCUGAUGUUAGAUGGAAUCGUGUACUAAACAAGAAAAGAAAGGAAGGUUAGAAGGUGAAGGGAUAUUGACUGGACUGGGCACAAAUGUGAUGUUUUGGACUACGUCUCCCAUCAUGCUUUGCCAUCAUUAUGGCUGGGCUGUAAGAGCAUUAUUUAUAAAAUAUUUUACCAGGAAGGAUACAUUGAGAUUUCUCUUGUUUUCAAGUACGUUCUGGGUCCACAAAUCAUUGCAUUGUUACAAUAGGGUACAAUAAAAUACAAAAACAAUAUUAAUACACAAUAUAUACAAAAUCUAACAUAGAACAGGCAGGAAAUAGAUAAUUAUGGGAGACGUAGUUCACAAUAUCUAGAGUGCCGAUGGUUUCCAAACUCUGUUCUUUAUCAUUGGUCGCUGUUAAGUUUGCAAGUUGUGUAGCGGGCAUGUGUGCAUUUAGGAAAUUAUUUUAAAAUCUGUUUAAAGGGACACUCCAGUGCCAGGAAAACAAAUCGUUUUCCUGGCACUGCAGGUCCCCUCUCCCUCCCACCCCCCAUCCCAGGUUGCUGAAGGGGUGAAAACUUAUCUGAGACCACCGCCGAUGUCCCUCGGCGGUGGUUUUCUAGAAUCGCCAUGCCUCCCUUAGCGUCAGCCCGAGGGAGGAGAAGGGAGACGUUCUGCAUGCGUGGCCGCCGGCGGGAUGUGACCUAAUGCUUUCAAUGCUGACGUUAGCACAGACUAUAGGCCAGGAAGUGCCCUCUAGUGGCUGUCUAGCGGAAAAACUGCAAAAAUUACAGUUGCAGGGUUAAGGGUAGUGGGAAAUGGCAUUGGGUGCAUUUUACGCAACUUUAAAGUGCAACUGUCCCUUCUCUGGAAGUCACAGCAUGUUAUUCCCUCAUCACAGUAAAACGCUGUUGAAGCUUUUACUAGUGUGGGUAAUGCUGCAGAGUUAACUAUGAAAACACACCUGUCAUGCCCCAAACCACUCAUGCGCAUAAGAUUGAGCAUACAAUGUUUUUCUCUGUAUUUUGCUAGCAGAUGUGUAGACUGAGAGAAAAUUUACAUAUAGGUUUUUCUCCCAGCUGUCAGUCAGUGUCUCGGCUUCUAGCGCUGACUAGGGAGUACAGGAACGGAGUGGCUUUACUCCAUUCCGACACGGGCACGCUGACACCACUAUUACAUUGAUAUCACAUUAGAGCUUCAAACUUUCAAACCAGUAAAAAAAAAAAAUUCUAAAUAUUAAUUUAUAUAUAUAUAUAUUUUUUUUUUUUUGUAGCGCAAUGUUGAGAAGCAAAACAUGUUUAACCUUAAUGAAGAGGAGGAGCUGACCCAUUAUGGGCAGUCGCUGGCGGCCAUUGAGAAACUGGACGAUGCUGUGGAGAGUGACAGUGACACAGAAGAACGAGGAGCUUUAUCAGGUGAGUGAUAUUGUUUUGGUAUUCGAGGCAUUCGCUAGGACUCUGGAAGUUGGAAGGUUUUUGUUUUUUUUGUAAAGGCAACACGUCAUACAUUAUAUGUCCUCGAAGAACUGUGAAUGUGUGUAUUGCUUUUUUAUUAUUUAUUUUCCUAUGUAUGAAUGGAGGCUUUGCAGUUGUUGCUUUUUAUAGUAUGAUGGUUGUUUUGCUCUCCGUCCCUCAGUAGAGAAAAGAGUAGUUGUCGUUUUUUUUGUUUUUUUUAUUGCUUACUACCCAUGUCCUUGAACUAGCCCGUCAAGGUUAGUCACUAGACCAGGCAUUGAACAGGAAGGUUAAAAUUUACUGUCUUGGCUGUUUUGCUCGAAAAUGUUGAAAGUCACAGUUUAGUUCUCUUACAAUUUACUGAAUAACCUGUGUAUCAUAUUAUUAAAAUAGUUCCACUGCUUUGGAUUGUUUAUGUUGCACGUUUUGCCCUUACAUUCUGGUUUAUGUUAAGAAUUGUUUGUCAGCAUAGUAUUUGGUUUUACUCUUUGAAACUAGAGCAGGAUUGUGAAGCUGGGCAGAGGAUAGUGAUGGAGGUUUCUUUAGCCUGUAAUACUCUGGCUUAGUGAGCUUCAAUGCAGGAGUUACCUUUAUAACAUGGGAUGUGUAAUUAACUGAAUGUUCUUUCUCUACAGCCGAAUUGACAGCUGCUCAUUUUGGAGGGGGUGGUGGCCUGCUUAGAAAAAAAGCCCCAUCUGAGCAGAAAGAUGAAGAAUUGGAAAAACCAAAGACGCGGAAAGAAUUGAUUGAAGAGCUAAUCGCCAAGUCUAAACUAGAGAAGGUGUGUCUUAAUUUUUUUCCGUUAUCACUUAAAGCCUUUAGGACUUUGCUUAUAACAGUCUGGCCAUAACAUCUGUAUUGCACCAUGGAAGGUCCUACUCACUGUGGAUCACAUGGUGUGUAAGCCAGACAUUGCGUGCUGACGUAGAGUCAGAUUGUGUUUAUAACAUAGGAUGUCAUUGUUCCUUAAGAAAUUGAGAAGUUGAGCCAAACAGACAAUGUAGACAUUCUAUGCUUGUGUAGAUAUUCUAUGCUGCUUGUGUGUUUGUAGACCUCCCAUGUUUGUUGUGUGCUUUUAUCUUGAAAUACAGAUUUGUUUCCUUUAUUUCCCGCUAUUUGCUCUUUCAUUUCAUUAUGUAAUAAUUUUUUUUAUUUUUAAAAAAAAUUUUUUAUUGUCCUUCUGUUGUGUUAAAUGAAGUAAACUCACCUGGGCUAUUUUGCUAAUUUUUUUUAAAGAGAGAAAGACAGAAUCAAAAGGAAAAGACGCUGGAGCUUACAGAAAAACUGGACAGCGACUGGAGAAAAAUCCAAGCACUUCUAGCUCAUAAGACUCCUAAAUCUGAACGAAAUGCUGAAGUAGAAAAGCCAAAGGUAGCUUUGAAGACUGACCUCUUCUCACUUGAUUGAAAAGCUGUAGGACGGUUUUUACUACAUCAAUCCUAGACAGAUAAUGUGGGUCAGCGUACUGUGAGCCUAAACAUAGGUUAGAGUUCAUUGAGCCUGGACCCAUGAGCUGACAUGGAUAAGAGUACCGUGAGUUUACAGAUGGUGUGGGAGAUGGGUCAAAUGUGUCUGGACACGAGAACUGACCCUAGUAAGGGUACCUCCUGUUAAAUAAUAAAGGUGACAUAGGUAAGAGUUUUGUUUUCUGCAAAAUAGAGCUUACACUCAUGCGAGAACAUUGUGUGUAUAGACUCGAGAACUGGCGUAAGAGCACUGGGUAAGAGCACAGUCUGUGUCAGGACAGACAGGGAACGCGGGUGGGAUCUGUUAUCUUCUAUACUUGUUUAACAUUUGUUUUCUGCCACUUUCUAGCCUGACGAGUAUGAUAAGAUUGUGCGUGAGCUGGGCUUUGAGAUGAAGGCUCAGCCAUCUGAACGACUGAAGUCUGAAGAGGAACUAGCUAAAGAAGAGCAGGAGCGCCUACAGAAUCUGGAGGUAAUUAUUAUUAAAUACGUCAUCUUGUCCAGCUCAAAUUUUAAUUGUUUCAAAGCUCCGUGGAAUCUCCCUUUAUUUAUCUCCUAUUAAAAUGUAAGUUUAUGUUCUGUUAAUAUAUAAAAAUCUUCACGAUUUUCAAAAAGUUUCUCUAUUUUUAAAAUCCUCUUGCUUCCUCCUGCCUACAGAGCCUCUAUCGUAAUGUCUGCUUUUACCAAUGCAAUUUGCUGUUGCUUUUAUUUCUGUGACAUUGACCUCUGAUGUAAAAUUAUAGGCUGCGCGGCUCAGGCGGAUGCGCGGAGGGGAUGACGAUAAACAUAUGAAGAGACCAACACAUGUUUCUGCAGAUGAUUUAAUGGAUGACUUCGUACUGGAUAAAGAUGAUAGAUUAAUGCUUUCCUACAAGGUAUGUGACUCGCAUAGUUUCAGAAUACAUUCGAGUGGGGGAAAAUCAGUUCAAAUUUAAAGAAUUAUUAUAUCUUAUUUUAUUAUAUCCCUGAGUAGGAUGGUGCCAUUAAUCUACCAGAGGACAAAGCUGAAACCAGUGAGGAGGAAGACCAUGAUGGAGAGGAGGAGGAAGACCAUGAUGGAGAGGACGAAGGGAUGGAGGAUGGUAGUGACCAGGAGGAAGAUGAUGGAAGUGGUGAAGGUUCAGAAGAAAGUGAUGCAUCAGACAAUUACUCUGAUCUAGAAUCUGACGCAGGAAGCGAUGGACAGGAAGAUCAUACUGAAGUAAAAACCAGGGAGAAAAAAAACAAAAGCAAGGAAGAGAUAAAGGCUGACGCAGAGGCUGCCAAGUCUGAGCUUCCAUUCACAUUCGCUGGUAUGUUUCUGGACAAGUCAUUCUUUUCUUGUGAUGUUCUAGAAAUAUCACUAGAAACAACUAUUUUUACAUCUCACUUCCCUUACCUCGUCUCCCCACUACCCUCAAUCCAUCUGAGACUCGACACAUUACAUCUCACUUCCCUUACCUCGUCUCCCCCCUACCCUCAAUCCAUCUGAGAAUAGACACAUAACAUCUCACUUUCCAUUCCUCAUUCCCUCCUACCAUGAAUCCAUCUUCCCCCUACAAUUACAAUUAUUUUAUUGCGCCAACAUAUUCCACAAUGCUGUUCUAUAAAUAAAACAAAAAUGUGUUUGACAAAUGUGAACUGUAAGUGAGUAAAAGUGGAAUAUAAUAAAAUAGAAAAUGCACUCACAUUGAAUGGAGCCCCUACAAUGGCUCCUAUAAUAUAGCAUGAAGUGGUAAAAUCCCCUCUCUAGGAUUAUUGCUACCUCUCCGUGAUGCAUAUAUGCAAGAGAACAGAGGCGCAGAAAUAUAGUGCACACUGCAGUAUGGGUAAACCACAUACAGGUGUAGCACAAAAUAGGUUGCUCAAUCCAUACAGCAUAGGUGGCAUAUACCCCACAAGGAAAAUGAUGUUCAGAGGAGAACUGCAUCAAAAGCGGGAGGCUCCAGAAGUCUUGAAUUACUAAUUUAUCGUUAUUGUGAUGUAAUAUAAAAACCACUAUAGAGUAUUAAAAUCGGACACAAAUAGUUACACUAACGCGUUGCACCAUAAAUGGUUUCACAAAUUGUUAGUUACUGGGACAGAUACUCAUUUUAUAACAAAUUGUAAAAUUGAAAUUCGCUGUCAUGUGAUGUCGUAAUUUCAUUCCAUUUCACCUCGCUCUUAUUUUCUUUCAGUAUACUUUUCCUCUUUUCCUUCAUUCCAUCUCAUGCCCAUAAUUUCCUCCUCCUCCAUAUUCCUUGAUCUCAUAUCUCCAUUCUUUCUAUCAACAAGCAUUUCUCACACAGCCUGCACACAGACAUUUGGAGUGUCAGGUCUGGAGAAGUGCAGGCUGCUUUUUGGACGUCUAUUGUCUUUCGGUAAAAACUUUACAGAUGGGAACAUGUAUCAUGUCCGGUUUUGGUGAUUUUUGGAUUUAUAUGUGAGAUUUAGAUUUAAAGUGGCAAUAUGUGCCUGAUUUCAUCAAUGUUUUCUGAUUGCCUUUUGUUGACUUUUAAUGGAAGAUUGUUUCCCAAACUGUGUUAAUUUGGUUGACUAACUAAAACUGUUCAGAUGACUAAAACUAAAAUGGCUUUUUAGUCAAAAGACUAAAUCUGAAUUUAAAUUUGUUGCCAAAAUUAACACUGCACAGAGGGUCUGGGAAAAGGGCAAAAGAGACAGACCAGGGCUUGGGAAAGAGAAACAUAGAGGAGCUGGGGAAGGGGCAAAAGAGACAGAUAAAUUAAACCCAAUAGAUUUUAUUCGUGUCGAGUAAAAUCUACUGAAGAUUUAAUCAACUAAAACUAUUCAGGUGACUAAAACUAAAAUGGCUUUUUUUUUUUUUCCCCAAACGACUACGACUAAAACUAAAACAAUUGAUGACUAACAUACGACUAAAACUAAAAAGGCUUUUUAGUCAAAAGAUUACGACUAAAACUAAAUUGAAAUUUUUUGCCAAAAUUAACACUGAUCCCAAAGCAGUCCCCUUGUGUUCAGCAUGGAGCUUUUGUGAUUGUUAGAUCUUCAGCAGGAUUUACUUCUAUCUAGUUUUUAUUUUUUUUAUUUAUUUUUAAAUUCUUUAUUUUGUGCGAGUGAUCGCUUAAUGGGAACAUGACACAUGAAACACGUCAAGACAUUUACAAUCAAGCAUGGUACAGUUGCGGGUUACUCAAGGUCUCAUUUCGUUAUUCCACUCAUUUUUAAGUAAUAGCGACUAGGAUUCCCUAUUAUGGGCAGGGUGUGGUAUGGCAGUAUACUUUUAUAGAGGGGUCUGGCCUUAGGUCUCGUAGUGCCUCUUUGGUUUUAUCGUGUUGGCGCUGUGAGGAAUUGGCUUCACUGAGGCAUUCAGUGAGGUUAAUAGUUACCCUGCUAGCCUUCGUUUGUGGUGACAUUUCGCUUGGCUUACUAUUGCUGGAGUGGAAGGCCUAGGGAAUGGGCCGUGGGGGUAUGGUAUGCUUAGUAAAAGUAUAAUGAACUUUAGGCCAUUGCUUGUUGUGUGGGCGGGGGGAGUAUAAUGUAACAGAGCGGUAGUCCAUCAGCUUACUGAGCCAUUUUAGACCUUGGGGGUGUAUGGGUAUAAAAUCUGCAUUAUUGGCAAUAGGCAGUCUUAUGGUCCAACCAACAUGGGUGUCUGUAAGUCCCGCGCUCAGGUGGGUGAGGUGUCCAGGUUCAAAAGGAGUGAUUCCAGCGACUGCCCAUGUUUGGCUCUCCGUUUGUAGUGCUUUCUCCCCUGGUAUACCUAGGUGUUGGAGAAAGGUGGGUGCUUCUGAGAGGCAUGUCAUUGUGUGCCGCUUGCCAGCUUUAUCCGCCAUGAUUCGGCAUGGACCCCAUUUGUAGGGGAUAGAGUGUUCUUGUAAUAUUUGGGUGAAUUGCUCGAGGGAUCUCUGCCAGGUAAGUGUGAAUCUUGAAAAGUCUCGAAAGAAAAUCAGCUGUGCCCCCUCAAACGACACUGUGGAGGAGCCUCUCACUGUCCCCAUUAUCGCUCCGCGGUCGGAGUCUCAGGUCAAUUUUAGCAGGAUGUCCCUGGGCGCUUUUGGAGCGGCGUUGGAAGCCUUGUUGAGGCAGAAACAAGAGUCUACCACUACUUGCUUCGCCUGUUUGGGCAUGAACAGUGUGGCGAUCAGCCUCCGGCAGUAGUGGAGGAGUUCUGCCCCUGCAAUCGUCUCUGGCACUCUCCGGAUUCUUAGGUUGCGGACCCUGGCCCUGUCCUCCAAAGUGGCUAUUUGCACUUGUUGGUCUACGCACUGUUUCUGGAGCGCCCCUAUAGCUGCAUCAGUGGCUGAUUGGGCCAGUUUGGUGCCCUCCAUUCCUUCCUCCAGAGCUUGUACCUUGUCAGUUAUUUUUGUGACCACCUUUUGGAUCGGGGCCAUGUCCGCGUUAAACAUUUUUUUUAUUUCAGCCAUUAGUGCCCUGAUGUCUGCUUUGGUAGAUGGUGCAGACUCUGCCAGCUUAGUAGCUGUUUGUGGCCCUGAGUGUGGCCAGGAAGAAGAUAGAGAGUUGGCAGCAGCGCUGUCAUUGUCAGAUGGCGUUGGCGUGUAGGCCUCAGCCGGCACCAUCUUGGCUCUGUCUGACCGCGUGGUUGUGCGGAGGUAAUCUCCAAUAUCGCGGGUACCCGAGCCCGGGUCCGCUCGAUGUUUCUUAGAUUUUUUUUUCCCCAUUGCUUCGGGAGUCGAGCUGGUGCCUUUGGGGUUGUAUAGCAGGGUCUGGGACGGUAAAUAUCCCCGUUUAUUGAUCGUGAUGCACAGAGCAGUCUCGGUGUGCGUCCGGCUCAUACAGGCGCUGGCUCCGCCCCUACUUCGAUCUAGUUUUAUUGUUGCUGAAUACCAUCUGCUGAUAAUUGUACAUUGGAUUCCCCACAAUAUUUGGUUUUUACAUGGUGUUCGUUAAUCCAAUUCAGUUUAGUAUCGUAAUAUUUUUAUUCUGUCAUGUUUAAAAUACCCUUUCUUUUCCAUUUAAAUAAAAAAGAAAUCGCUCUCCUUUCCCAUAUAAUUAUUUCAACGUAUAUAUUUUUCCUCAUUUUCACUGUUUAUUUUUUUUCAUGUUCGUGGGUUAUUGUGUUUGUUUUUGUCAACAAAGACGUAUGUUUUUCAAGUCUUAUUUUGCCAUUUUUCUUCCCUCGCCAGUUCCAGAGUCUUAUGAGAGUUUCCUGUCCCUUCUGGUUGGGAAGUCAGCAGAGCAGCAGCUGGUUGUGCUGGAGAGGGUUCAGAAGUGCAAUCACCCCAGCCUUGCAGAAGGAAACAAAGCCAAGUUAGAGGUUUGUCACCUUCUCCAGAUAUGCGUAACAUAAACACCAUGUUUAUGUACAUUGUGACAGAGACGUCAGGUUGCUGAACUUCUAAACAUAAAAUCUGCAAUAUAAUUUACUCUAUUAGCUCUGUACUGUAGUGAGAUCUUCCUGUCAUCCUGCAUCUCUGAUUACGAAGUAAAAAAGGGCAUGCUGUGAGACCUCGUCAGUCUUUCUAGUGGCAGACUUGGAAUCACAGCAGCCGAGUGUGAUUUCUUUUAGCUGUUUAAAUCCUUUUAAAUUGCAUGGCUAUGUGCAGGGCUCACUUUGAGCACACCUGUAAUCUUUGGGUCUCGUACCACUAAUUGUGGUCCCAGUUGACAAAGGGGACUCUCGGUAUAUUAAAGCGCACUGGCAUGCCGAAUUUACCUUUCCCCAAUCGAUUCCUCUUCUCUCCCUCUGUCAGGAUCUGUUCUUCAUUUCUUCCUGUCUGCUCUAGUUUUCUUUAAAACAUAGGACUUAUGGGUGGGGGCCCAGGGGGAGGGGGGGUGACAAUAAGCAUGUUUAGUAGACAUUCCCCUACUAACGAGUAGGGGCAUUUGAGAUAUUUUAAUCCCCCUUAAGCUAUUAUGGGGGUGAUAUUGACCCCCAUAUAGUGAGGGAAGACAUUGGGGGCUUAGGAAGUGGCGGGGAGCACUGCUCUCUAGCAUUUCUAUUUUUACAUAUUACAAGGAGGGGGCUGCACACCGGUAGCUUCCUCCUUGUAAUAAAACAAACGCACAAAGAGAUCUUCAUUAAUUCGUUUGAAAUUUCUAUUAAUUUAUUUGUGUUUCUGAUGAAUGAAUAGAUGAAAUUCCCGUUCGAAUGCCCAAGUGUUUAACUGGGCAUGUGCGGGAAUCUCACAGUGCUAUCUAGUGUGGGCAGAUGACUUGUCCCACAGGGACUUUAUCUACCCACACAAAGAUUGCGGCGCCCGGGACCUAGGUCCGGGCACAAAAUAAAGUUUACAACAGAGGUAAGAUGGGGGGAGUAGGGUCAUUUGGGCGUGACUAGGGAGACAAUUCGAUGUUGUGGAGUCGGGAGGGGGGUGAAAAAAAAGGGGGGGGGACUGGGGGAAUUUGGCCAUGACAGUGCCACUUUAAGAUAGUUGUGGUAGGCUCCCUGGUACCAGCAGAGAUUUAACGCUGCUGGUGAUUUUAAUGUAUGACAGUCUGUGCCGUCAGCAGGUGUUAAAGCCCUGCACAACAUGACGGCAUAGAUAGUAACAAUUUUUUCCUGCCACGGAGGAAACCGUACAUUUCUUCAUCUUAUUUUAUUUUUAUUUUCUAUCUGACUUUGCAGAAGCUGUUUGGCUUUCUUCUGGAAUACAUAACUGAUUUGGCCAAAAAAGACUCUCCUGAUUUGCCGAUGAUUGACAAGCUAGUGCUGUAAGUUAUACAGAGGGGGGGUUUUAUAAAUACUGGUGUAAACUAAAGGAAAAGGAUGGAUACGGUUUUUGUGUUCUUUUGUCUUUUAAAGUGCAAAGAUGCAGAUAUUUCUGUUACGUGCUCUUUGAAUGAUAUAUUGCUGCACCCUAAUGUGCAUUAUCACCCGUUAUAGGGUAUCAAAGUUACAAAAACAAUGUUUAAAUAAACUGCUGUUGCUUCUUCAUUUUAUUUUAAAACCAUUCCUUGUGCUGGAAUGAAGUCCGCUUUACAGCAUGAGUUUAUUCUGUGCUAUCUGUUUGUUUGUGUUUAUAAAGCAGAGCUGACCCUUUACUAGAGUACUUUUAAUAUCGCACAGACGUGUAAUUGUUAUGACAGUAUGGGUGACAUAUCAGAUUUGUUGCUACUGCUUUUUUUUUAUCUUGGACAUUUAACAGAAUCCGGUUGUAAUUAACCCAUUCUAUGCUGGAGCUUCUGUAUGUUCUUUUAUAUAGAAAAACGGCAAAGAAAAAGGCAUGUGGGAAAUCCACAGAAAUACAUGUAUGUAGCAUUAGUUAAAGGGGUAAAAUCUAUUCCUGUAAAUGGUGCUGCGUCCUCUCUCUUUAUUAUGUCCUUUAUAUGGUUUGGAUGGACAGGGAUCUAUAGUGUCCAUGUAAACGUACUUAAUUAUAUUAGUUCUACUUCUAAAAGCAGCUCUCUGAAGUACUUGGGAUAAACUGUUAAUAUUGAUAUCUUUUUGCUCAAAUAAUCCUUUUUUUUUUUUUUUUUUUUCUAUUUGGUUUCAGCCCCCUGUACAAUCUGUGCCAGACGUUUCCUGAAGCAGCGGCAGCCUGUGUCCGAGACGCCCUGCAGGACGCAACGGAAAGCAUGAAUGAAAUGCUGAAAAUCAGAAGUCGCAGCGCUCACCCUGAGUUACACGUGGUAUGUACUCAAAUCGGUAAUCUUUGAUGGUGAUAUUAUCCACCGUCUUGUUGGCUGAAGCUAAAUGACACAGAUGGCUAUUUCUUUAUAGCUUUUGUACAAGAAAGGGAUGAAGUCAACUGUUGCAUCUCAUAGAUUAAAAUGACCAGUUUAGAUACCCUUUCAAUCCUCUCUCUCAGAAUCUCAGAAUGCGUGGGUCACUCAGUGAGAUUGGAGAGAUCUAUAGAAUGUGUGUCAAUGUGUAAACUCUCUGGAUAAUAUAUCUUUAUAAACGUGGUCACUUAUGCUGAUAUUUUGCUUUCCAGCUAGUAUACCUAAAGAUUACCGGAUUAUUAUUCCCCACAUCGGACUUUUGGCAUCCUGUGGUCACGCCGGCAAUGAUCUUAAUGAGUCAGAUAUUGACGCAGGUAAGUUUCUAUGAUUCCUAUAGUAGACUGUUGUCGGAUGGCUAAUAAAGAAGCAGGAUUAAUGGAGGACGUAACGAUCUGCAAAUUGUACAUUUUACACUCAGUGCAUCCAGCGCAUAACUAAGCCAUCAACUUAUGUUUGACAUUACAAAUACUACCUAAACGUGGCAGACAUGGAGAGUUACUCUAACAAUCUCACUCGUAUGAAGUCUGAUACAGUCUUAUCAAAAACCCAAAAAUGCAUCUUCUAAAACAUUACACUCCGGUGUUUAGGGUUAAAAGGAUAAUUUACUUCCUUUUUCCCUUUGCUGCACAGGUCUCCUCUCUCACCCCUAGUACUGAUUUAUCCCACUAAAAACUUCCCACACUGUACGUUUUAAAAACUAUUCGCUAUGUGCAAUGAUUGAAUCUCUACUGACUGAGCAGGGUUAAGAUGGUUUGUGUCUAGAUCAGACUAGACAUGAAUUUCUAUUAGUCUCCGUGCCUGUGUUCCCUCUAAAGUGACCAUUGCUGUCUGUAUUCCAGUGUCCAGUCUCCUCGUUACAAGGCAUUGCUGCCGGCCUUUUUGUAUGCUGUAUGUUUAUGGAGUACGUGUCCCUGUCUCGGAGGUUUAUACCGGAACUGAUUAACUACCUCUUGGGGAUUCUUCACCUGGCUGUUCCAAACAAACAGACACCGAGUAAGUCUCUAAUUUACUACUCCUCUCUAAAGCAUUUAUAUUUUCCAAACCAGUAUUUUACAUGUGUAUUUUUUCAUACUUUCCUUCCUCUAUAUGCAUAAAUAUGUAGAAUCUGCAGUAUCAUAUACACAUAUAUCUGUAAAAUAAUAAUUCUACUUAUUUGUAAAGUGCCAUCACGUUCUGCAGGACUGUCAAUUGGUACAAGUAACACGGCACAUCUAAGAGACAGUACAAAAUUUGACAAACACAUGAGGAGUUGACAGCCUGAUUCCUGCCUAGAUGGAUAAGGGGAACAGAAGGUGGGGACUGCAAAGGUGAGAAUGAGGUUAAAGGACCACUAUAGGCACCCAGACCACUUCAGCUCAAUGAAGUGGUCUGGGUGCCAGGUCCCCCAGGUUUUAACCCUGUAGCUGUAAACAUAGCAGUUUCAGAGAAACUGCUAUGUUUACACUAGGAUUAAUCCAGCCUCUAUUGGCUGUCUCACUGACAGCCGCUAGAGGCGCUUUUCACUGUGAAGAUCACAGUGAAAAGACAGCGGAUGGCCAUAGUAAAGCAUUGAGAAACGCUUUCCUAUGGACUGUUCUGAAUGCGCACUCUUCUCUUGCUGCGCAUUCAGCACUAACGGGAGGAGGGGGAGAGUUCCCUGGCGCCGGAGAAAGGUAAGUGUUUAACCCCUUUCUGCCUCAUUGAGCCCAGUGGGAGUGGGACCCUGAGGGUGGGGGAACCUAAAGAUCCUAUUGUUUUCCUGGCACUAUAGUGGUCCUUUAAUGCCAAGUGAGAUGAGGGCAUUUAUUGGGUAAGUGGAAUGCAUUUGUUACGGAGUUGAAUGGUUGAACCUUUUUAGUUGUUUGUGUUGUCACCAUUUUUGAGUUUGUUUAGUUUAGCAGUAUAUAUCAGCCCAAUGUUCAAUACCGUGGUAAUCGCAAUUAAAACAGAUUUUCCCUGCUGUGUAGAGAUUGUUUCAAUGCCAUACGAAGUGUUAAAUGUUUCCAUUUUCAGAUGAUGCUUAGAAAGUCACGUUAUUUAAUGGUUUAAUUCUUACAGAUUACACACUGAUUCCCCCAUUUAAACCCCAUGGGAAACACACUGAGUUGCUAGUAAUUCAGAGCAAGGAGGACACAGACACCUGGGUGAAGAGCAAGCUGUCGUUAUCAGAUCUGCGUUGUCUGGGAAAUAAAACUGAAACCAUCCAUUUCAAGUGAGUAUCAGCAUUUGGUCUACGAUGCAAUCUGGCUAAAGAUCCAUCACUUGAUAACGUCCUGGAGGUCGUAUCCUUCUUCAGAUAAUUUUGUAGGAUUCAAGAACGUAUAAAAUCUCCAGUCAUGAUUCUCAUUCAUAUUUUUUUUUCUCUCUCUCUUCUUUUUUACUUUAAAAACUUUUUAUACUUGUAUUAUACGUAUUAGUGGAAAAACUGAAGCGGAUAGUUUUUGUUUCACAACUUUCUGUAGGGUGUGUUGUUUUUUUAUUAUUAUAACCUGAUACUGUUGUGCUUUAUCGUGAGAAAUCCUAUGUUUAACCCCUUAAGGACACUAGACGGAAAUUUUCCGUCAUUGCAGCACUCCCCUUAAGGACGCCCGGUGGAAAAUUUCCAUCCAAAAUGAAAAUUAACCCCUGUUUGCCACAAUCGUGGGGUAAAUCUUCCUGUCGUGUGUCUCCAUGUCGGAGGCACACUACCAUGUGCAGUUUUACUGAUUCAGCUCAUGUGAUCGUUCUGACCGGGAGUCAGAGCGAUCACACGUGCUGCAGUGAAACCCGAUCUGUUUCCCUGCAGCUCCGUGUGAGCUGUGAACUGCAGAGAGAGAGAUCAUUGCUGAUCUGUCUCUCCCUGUAAAAAAAAAAAAAAAAAGUUUGUUACAAAAUCACACACCCCCCUCACUUCUUUCAAAUAAAAUGUAACCCCUUCCCUGCCCUUUGAUCACUGCCUGCAUAUAUGUAUAUGUCACAUCAAAUUAAAGCCCUUUUUGUUGUCUAAAAAACGGUACAUAAUAUGUGUUGGUACAAUAAAUGAGAGAGAUGCAAAUUGCAUUUGAACACAAACAGCAAAAAUUGCUUGUGUUUUUAACCCCUUAAGGACACAUGACAUGUCAUGAUUCCCUUUAUUCCAGAAGUUUGGUCCUUAAGGGGUUAAGGGUAUGUCCAGCUCCUGCAGCUGUGUCAUUAAGGGGUUAAUUACAGUGAAAGAUUGAGCUGGUUGCUUAGAUGGGCUAUCUCUAAUCUAUAGUUGAUUUUUCUAUCCUAAUUAUUAUUACAUUCUAAUAAAUAGUGGGUGUGUGUGUGUAUUAGUGUUUUAGAUAUCGAUCAGAAUUCUAUCCAGAUGUGUUCUACCAUCUCUGAAUAGAGACACAGUAUUUUGAAAUGUUGUCGGGUCUAAAUUUGCAGAUGGUGGAAUAGAUUGGUGCAAGGUUUGACUGAAACAAUCUCUAGUGUUUGCUAAUUGUACUUUAUAUGAUCAGGGAAUCCAAAAAGGUCCUUUUUUUUUUUUAUUUUAUUUUUUUUAUUUUUUUGGGUCAUUCACUCUUUGUUACCGGUCCCAUUGAGUCAUGUAGCUGAGCUUAGUAUUGCUGUCUUGCAGAUUGAACUGUGUGGCCGUGUGUUUGGAUCUGCUACAAAAGUGUGUUAAGAUGUAUGGGCCUCUGCCGGCCUUCCGAGAGAUUAUACAGCCCAUUGCAUUGCUCCUCCGUGAACAUCUUCCGAUCGCAGAUUAUCCAGAGAAGCUCCAGGUCAGUAUGAUCAAACCACAGACUAUAAUUAGAAUGGUUUUCUUUGCCAAUAAUUCUUAUUACUGUAAGAUGUUCUGGUUCUGAGACUGGAUGCUCGUUUGAGCAGGGCCUUCCUCACCUCGUCUCUGUUAAUAUUUGGUAUGUCAACUACCUGUCGAUUAUCCCCAUUAUAUUAUAGAAAAGCAUUAUAGUAUUAUUUGUUUGUUUUUUGCCCUAUUGUCACAUGAUACAGCUCUGCAAAAUGUUACCACGCUAUAAAUAAUAAUAGAAUGCUUGCAUAUUUAUAUAUAGAGUACACUUUCUAAUUAGAAGUCCAGAGAUUUUAUGACAUGUUAAAGGUGUUUUCCUUAUACCUGUUUGGUAGCGGUAAAGAAUGCUAAUAGGGCUUAGCCAAUGAAGUCAAUCCAAAGAUGCCUGGAAUCGAUCUGCUAAUAAUGCAGGAGGGAAUGUUCUGCUUUAGUAGUUUUGAUUCUGCCGUCUGGAAGGAGAUAACCUUGCAUUGCAUGUGCUGAGAUGUCCUUUCUUUUAGGCUUUGCAUUCAGACAUUCUGAAAGAGAUUGAGACAUACACGAAGAAGCUGUACACACCCCUGGUGUUUGAAAAACAGGCGCCAGUCCCCAUGAAAAUGUUCACCCCAAAAAUAAUGCCUGUGUAAGUAUUUUUUGCUGGUGUGUUCCUUAUGUGAUAUAGUUAUACAAAGCCGGGAUAUAAUUGGCACAUAUUCAUAUUUGUAGUGUUCCCUUUAGUAAUUAUUGAGGGAGGUAUUCUUUGAGACUACUCAAUGCCUUCCCUGUCCCAUCAUAAACCAAACAUGGAUGCUAUACAUCUCCCUCCCAGCUAACUAUAAUGUGCAUGUGCAGAGGAACUAGCUGUGACUAUAUAGCCUUAGAUGACCGGGUUAGAUCUUGCAUACAGAGAAGCAUAGACCGUGAUCCUGCAUGCAGAGAAGUAUAGGCCGUGAUCUUGCAUACAGAGAAGCAUAGACCCUGAUCCUGCAUGCAGAGAAGUAUAGACCGUGAUCCUGCAUGCAGAAAAGCAUAGGCCGUGAUGUUGCAUGCAUAGGCCGCAAUCUAGCAAGCAGAGAAGCAUAGGCCGUGAUCUAGCAAGCAGAGAAGCAUAGGCCGUGAUCUUGCAGGCAAAGAAAUAUAGACCGUGAUCCUGCAUGCAGAGAAGCAUAGACCGUGAUCCUGCAUGCAGAGAAGUAUAGACCGUGAUCCUGCAUGCAGAGAAGCAUAGACCGUGAUCUUGCAUGCAGAGAAGCAUAGGGAUCAAAUAAGAACCGUUUCCCUUUUAUAAAUGCUGCACUGGUCCUCAUACUGAAACUUCAGUCAUUGAGCCCCUGGGUAAGAGAAGCCAGCUUCUUGGUUAGUCUACAUUUGCAUCAAGCGUGGAUGUCACUGUUCUCUACCAGCCUUGCCUGGUUUGGUCUCAUAACUGGAUUGGUUCUGUUUCAGACUUGAAUAUGGGAAAAGACAAGGGUGCAACAAAGUGGAGCGGGAGAGAAAAAGACUGAUUCAUAAACACAAACGAGAGUAUAAAGGAGCCGUUCGUGAAAUACGCCGAGACAACCAGUUCCUGGCGAGAGUGCAGCUCUCAGAGGCCGUGGACAGGUACGUAAUUCUCUUUCUGUUCACACAACGAUAAUAACAUGCACUGGGUGGCCAUGAACGCAGACAUUCUUUUAUUUAAUAACAAACAAACGUCAGAGCUAAAGCAUAGACUGCAGCAUUCACACACUUACACAUUUAACCAUCAGAGCUCUGAAGCAUUCAUUGUUUGCACCCUGAUUGAAAUCAUAAUGUGAAAGACCUAUUCAAGGUUGUAGCAUGAAAUACCCUGCGUUACAGUACUUUAAGCUGAAAUUUAUCUUGUGUACAUUAGUUGCAGACUGUCGGGGUGCCUGUAGGCAUCCAGCUAUAUUUCAAAGACGUUCACCUUCAUUUUGAGGCAAGUCAAGGUGAUUCAAAACAUCUUUGUAAUCAAGCAUGUUCUCAGGGUAAAUACAGCGACUUUGUUCAGAGGCUGGUCAAGGUGAUACAGUGCUAUUUCACAAUGAGAAACUUGCUAUAGUAAAUUUAAAGUGCGUACUGAUAGCUGCGUGUGAUGGGUCACAAGGCCACGAAUGAGCUGUUUGCCAUGCCAGACACAGCAGCUAUGCACUGUGGUAGCUGAAGGUGAUUCAUUUUAUAUGUUUAAUGUUGACAGUACUUCCAGCUUAAUCGCAGUUAGAGAGACUCACAACUUAAAAUCAAAAUUGCAGUUCAGUGUCCCUCUCCCAUACUUUAUGGAAUCUUAUAAUUUUUUUCAUCUUAAUCCAGGGAUGUGGAGAGGAAACGGAAAGUCAAGGAGCUUUUCAACAGUCUGUCAACGCAGGAGGGUGAGUGGAAGGCCCUGAAGAAGAGGAAGCUGAAGGGAAAGUAACGCACACAUAAUGGAACAUCCGGGAGACUAAAUACCUCUUCAGUAAUUGUGGAGAACUAAGAACUGGUAUAUUUUCCACUUUUUUGUGGAAAUAUUUCGGGACUAUUGCAUUUAAUUGCAUCACUUGAUUAGCCUGAGGACCUCCAUGUCACAAUAUGUAAAUAGUGGCUAACGUUUUAACAACUGUGGCACAGCCGUGCCGAGAAAUGCGACCAGGUUCGUGCCAGCUCAAAUGGUGGAGGAAAAGAAAUAUCGAAAAUGCCAUUUAAUUUCCACUUUUAUUAGUGGAAUCUUUUGUAUUUUUAAAUGCUAGAAAUGUGAUUCACCUUGUGUUUACCUGAACUGUCUAUGUAACACAACGUGUUAUGGGAUAUUGGGUAGCAUUUGUAUGCUGUGGCUUUAAAAAAAUAAAUUAUAAUAUCCCGUUCUGUAUUAAAUAUCAUGUGAUCAGUGUGCUAUCGGAGUAACUAAACCGUAACUAACUAAAAAUUCUAAUAUGCCAUUUUAUAUUCCUUUAUCGUUUUCCACAGUAGGGAGGAGGCAGGGCAGCCAAAUAUAAGGAACUCUGUUAAUUAUGUUGGAUUUAAGCUGCUGUGCUUUUAAAAGUGGGAUUUAUGUAAAUGGGGGAAAUCCUCUCUCCUGUCCUGUCUGUACACAGAUUAACAUCCUGCUGCUCUUAACCUGAUUGCCCCCAUAUUGUGUGUUGUUUUUUUUCUCUCCUUGGAAUAUUAAGAGGAAACAGGUGCAUAAUGAAUAUUACAGCAAUAGUAGUGGAAAAAGAAAUAGGAAUAAAAUACCAUAAUACCAUGACCUCAUGUGUCAACAGGAAGCCCGAUCACAGUGAUAUACAGGAUGAGUCCUGAUACAUUGACCGGUAUUAUCUGUAUCCUGCUCGGGGCUUUCUUGCUACAUCAUCUUCACCAGUGAUAUUACAGUGAACCUGCCUGUUACCCAGAUCUCACAUGUUACAAAGUGGAGUCCGUGCACAUCUACACAGAACAUGUUAGAUAUACUUUUAAAAACUCCUUCCAAAGAUGAUCAGUAUAGAGAUGUAAAAAAAAAAAAGUUUUUCUGUAAUGUUCGAACAAUAUGUUUAUGGAAACUUGCAGGCCGCAUGCAGCCCACAAUGGAUAUAUUUGCAGCCCACCUGCCCUGGGGCCACUUUGUGUUGUGGAUGUGACCAGCCUCAAGACAGGAAAGAUAUUUCCUGUUUGAUUCUUGUCUUCCCUCCCACGGCCAAUUGCGUGUUCCUGCAGGCCAGCUUGUCGCUCUUGUCUCCUGCUCGCAGUGCCAGAGGAGCGUCAGGCCUGCUUGAACAGAAAAGAGCAGUGCUGGAACCAGAUGACGG